CACUGUCAAACAUAGCGCGUUUACUCUUUAGCAAGACUGGAGCCCAGUUUCGCGACUUGGGGUCUCACGGUGUUGUCAGGAUGAGUUUUCUGCUCCCUAAACUGAGUACAAAGAAACAGGUCGAUAAUACCAUAAAAGACAUAGAGGAUCUAGUAUUGGUUUUGCGGUUUGGGAGAGAUGAUGAUCAUGGCUGUCUUCAGAUGGAUGAUAUCCUGGCCAAGGCAGCCCCUGAACUGAAGAACAUGGCUGCUAUUUACCUGGUUGAUGUGGAUGCAGUGCCGGUGUAUCAAACCUACUUCGACAUCACUCUCAUCCCUGCAACAGUCUUUUUCUUCAAUGCUCAACACAUGAAAGUUGAUUGGGGGAGUCCUGACAACACCAAGUUCAUUGGCACUUUUAAGAAGAAGCAGCAUUUCAUAGAUGUUGUAGAGACAUUGUUCCGAGGGGCUAUGAAAGGCAAGGUGAUGGUGAGGAGUCCACUUGAUCCCAGUGAUAUCCCAAAAUAUGAUCUCAUCUACAAGGACAUAUGAUGUGUGGAUACAGGAGAUGGCAAGGCUAGAUCUGACUGCAUGGGGAUACAUUCCAAGCAGAAUGCGAGGUCAGGUAGCAGCUGUAACCCUGGUAACCUCGACAUGCAAGAAGUGACCUGAAUAUGACACCUUCUUCUGGCAUGAUGUCCAUGUGUCGGUUUCUAAUGUAAAGUACAAUGAAACGGCCCAAUUGCGCGGAUCGAUGUUCAUCAUGUCAAUCACUGGAUUGUCUGGUCCAGACUCGAUCAUUUAUAGACCGCCGUCAUAUGGCUGGAAUAUUGCUGAGUGCGGCGUUAAACAACAUGAAACUGAAACUGAAACAAUGAAACGGACGAACACUGUAUUGUGACCUGUUGGGGAGUCCAUAGAAGAAUUGUUCCAAAGGGCCUUUUUUGUGCCAUAAGAGCUGACCAAAAGUAGGACUUUGUGGUUACAAUGUGUGACCUGACUGUGGUACAUUGUUCUAGCUAUCAUUCUCUGAUCAAGACUCAAUACUUUACAGGGCACUGUGAUAGAGCGGAAGUACUGCUGAUUACAUAUUUGUUUGUUGUUUAACGCCGCACUCAGCAAUAUUCCAGCCAUAUGGCGGCGGUCUGUAAAUAAUCGAGUCAGAACCAGACAAUCCAGUGAUUAGAAUAGGCCCCCAUCAACAUAUUGCGAGCAACGAUCCACGCAGUUGGGGUACGAGGACACCUGUCACUAACCGACCCAUUAAGCUGCCGCUCUGACGAAUAUCAUGUGUUGCUGGGGCCAGUUCUAACCAGGACUCCCCACGGGGUUGGUUUGUCAGCACCAUACACGCGUUUGUGGAUUUCACCUAAGUGGUAAAAGGUCUUAGAUAUGCAUAACUUUGGGAUUUCCUCCUUUUUAAAUUUCUUUAGCUGACACAUCCUGGUGUAACUGAAAUACUGUUUCUAGCAUUGUUGAACUAAAUCCACAAUAACGCAAUGGUAUCUGACAGAUAGAAAUUUCUUAAAAGUUAACAAGAACUGUCUGACUAUAUCAAGCGGGCCUCUCACAAUGUCAGAGUUCACUUAUGAGUUCACACGUGAUUCAUUCUUACCUAUAAUAUGCGAUUACCUUUGGUUGUAUUCUCGUAAGAAAAAAUAUACCAAAAUGUUUAUAAUAAUCUAUGUGUUCAUUCCAGACAUAUAUAAGAAUAUGCGCGGUAUUUUAAGUAUGUUGGCUCAUGCAGAUGACUGCUAAACUCCCGAAAUAAGGCAAAACGCCUCCGUGGUCUUGAGGGUGUUGUUUAUAUGAGAACAUACAACAAAUCUUUGGCAGAAAAGCUAGAAAACGUAGAACCUGUCCAUUGCCAUAGUUGCCCCUUAACCAAUAUCUACCUCCCAAUGGCCAGGCCACGUUCCACAAAGCGAUUUUAACGCUAAGACGAUCGUAACUCCCAUGCAUACUUACACACAGACUUACGACAACCAUAGCAGGAAGGUAGUAGCAUUGCGGAACUUGGGAUUGCCAAAGUCGGGCAGGGCCAGAGGGUAAUACUAACAACGCCCAGAUCUAUACUCAAGAGACCGACCAUUUAAUAUUACAUGUGGUUGGAUAUAAAAAAAGAGAUUGACGGACACAAAAAUUGCUGUGUUGCAAAAUGUUCUAGCUGUAGCUGAAAGAAAUAUAAUCUCGAUACAAAACACCAUGUCACUAGUUUUGAUUAGGUAAUGUUGUUCAGGCAGUUGAUGAGAAUAUUACCUUCUCGUCAGAGAUUUUGAAAAAUUUAGAUUUCGAACACAUCUUGCUAAUGGCUUUCUGGCAAAUGACUUAUAUUGCAAUCAGUUUAUCCUUCUUAGCAGGGGAACGUCACUGAUCAGUCAUUAAUGAUCUCGCGUGUUGUUGGUGGUAAAACGGCAUCUUCGAUUUCAUUAGACCUGUCUGCAGCCUUUGAUACCGUGGGCCACACUUUUUAUUGACCAACUCCCAACUGACCAACUCAACAAUUCAAACUACUUGGCUUUUCAAAAUAGAAGUCAACCAGGCGUUGCCCAAGAUAUUUGUUUGUUUGUUUGUUUGUUGUUUAACGCCGCACUCAGCAAUAUUCCAGCUAUAUGACGGCCUGUACCUGA